AUGGAGUCAAUUUCGCGCAUAAGCUCGAUGCUGGAGACAGCACGCGACUUGACACUCGAGGCCGCGCGAGAUGCCGGGCCACGAAGAAGCACGAAGCCGCUGCCGGCGCAGCAGAUCAAGAAAAUGCUGGACAGCAGGAAUGAAAGAGACGUGCUCGACGGGCUGCGGAGAGUGGUUGCGAUGCAAUACUCCAAUCCUCCACAGCCGACGUUGACCUUCUUUCCUGCUGUUCUGAAGACCCUCUCAUGGCAGUAUCCAUCGACACGCCCAUUGGUCUACAAUUACUUGAUCCACCAUGCUGAGGCUGACCCAGACACUGCUUUGCUGGCGAUCAACACAAUACAAAAGUCAUUAUCCGACGCGAAUCCGAGAGUGCGGGCAAUGGCACUCAAGACCAUGUCCGGAAUUCGAGUUCCUGUCAUCUCCCAGAUUGUCAGCCUCGCCAUUAAAAAAGGCGUUAGCGACUUGUCACCCGUGGUCCGCAAGGUCGCAGCUUUGGCCUGCGUCAAAUGCAUAAAGCUUGACCCGAAUACGCGGCCGCAGGUGGGAGAGUACCUGGCCACGCUCCUGGCUGACAAGCAGUACUAUGUGGCCGGAGCUGCCGUCCAGGCCUUUCUAGAAAUAUGUCCAGAUCGCCUUGAUAUGAUCCAUCCAAACUAUCGUCGGCUCUGCAAAAUGAUCGUCGACAUGGACGAAUGGGGCCAGCUUGCGCUCAUUAAGCUCUUCACGGUCUACUCACGCAAAUGCUUUCCGCGGAGGACGAAGCGAGUCAAGAAAGCCGUCAACCAAGAGCAGCGUGCCAAAGACUUCUACGAAGACUUGGAUGAGCGGGAAGAAAACGAGGAUGACUUUGAAGAAGUCGAGCAAAUCGAUGCGGACCUGGAGCUCUUUUUGAAAUCCAUUCAGCCCCUUCUAUCGAGUCGGAACUCUGCCGUAAUCGUUGCUGUGGCUCGAGCUUACCUUUACCUCUCGCCUUCCAAACACCUACCUCAAGCUAUCGGACCGCUGAUAGCUUUGCUACGCUCUCCUCAAGACAUCAAUCAGGUUGCGCUCUACAAUAUCGUCCAAGUGUGCCUCACCGAUCCAACCUAUUUCGUGCCAUACCUGCGGCACUUCCUCAUACGAUCGAAUGAGGCCCCUCAUAUCUGGCAGCUCAAGCUGGAAAUCCUUACGCUUAUAUUCCCACACAGUCCGAAAGAGACGCAAGAUUUGAUAUUGGCAGAGCUGGAACAUUUCUCAAAAGGCCAUAAUGCCCAACUGGUCCGUGAAAGUGUUCGAGCGAUAGGACGCUGCGCGCAGGCUUCAAGUGACGCAACAUCGCGACGAUGUUUAUCAUUGCUGCUUAAGCAAAUCCGAAGCUCAGAUGCCACACUGGUCGGCGAAGCUAUGGAGGUGAUACGACAUCUCAUACAACGCGCUCCAAACGAACACCGCAAAACCGUCAUCCGACUCGCCAAGAAUCUAGACACCUUAUCUUCACCCACAGCUCGAGCAAGCAUAGUCUGGCUAGUGGGAGAAUUCGCCGGAAUCGACCCAGAAAGCAACAUCGCAGCCGACGUCCUCCGAAUCCUAAUCAAGAACUACCCUGACGAAAACGACGAAGUCCGCGCACAAAUCAUCCUCCUUGGUGCAAAAGUCUACCUCCACUAUCUCAACGCUAAAAACGAAAAGCAAAAAGCAAUCGAAGCCCUCAAUCCAGAAAAGCCGCCGCCGCAAACAUCCACGAUCCUGUCAGAUGACACUGAAGGUUUCCGUGAAGACGCUUUCUCUUCAACACCCGAGAAACCAGAAGAAGCCGAAAGCAAACCCAAAGAUCCCAUCGAACUCCUCUACGCCCACACCAUGCUUCUAGCGCGGUACACACCCUCCUACUCCCUCCGUGACCGUGCCCGUCUUUUCCGAUCUUUACUCGCAAUCGAAACCUCGACAGAACUCGCUUCUCUCUUACUCCUAGCGCCCAAACCUGUGCCGCAAGCUCCCUCGCCUUCGGAAAGUCGGAGAGAUCUCCUUCUUGGUUCUACGGCUCUGGUUCUUGGGACGGAGGUUCGAGGUUAUGAGAGGUUGCCGGAGUGGGUGACGGAGGGCGAGGAGCCGGAUUCGAGAUUGAGGGAUGAUGAAGGCGGAAAGGAGUAUGUGGCUGAUAGAGUCGUGACAGCGGCGGAGAGGUUGGAUGAACAGGCAGAGAGGGAUCACGGGUAUAGUGGGGGUAAGGUUAGGAAGGAGAAGACGUUGGAUGAUUGGUUGGAUGAGAGUGAGGAGAGUGAGAGUGAGAGUGAAGAGGAGGAGACUGAGUCGGAAGAGGAAGAGGAAGAGGACGAGGAAGAAAGUGAAUAUGAGACGGAUAGUGAGGAGGAUGAGAGGGCUGGGUUGGUGAAAUGAUGUCGCAGCGACAGAAUCUUGAGCAUUGAAUCAUUAUGAUCGAUCCCAUCUCAAGCGAACAAGUCUCUCAACCUCCCAUCCACAACCAAAAACCCUUCGCACUCCUUCUCCAAAUCACAUCCCUCUCCCUCUUGCUUCUCCACCGAUAUUUUCAGCAACCUCACACACUCCCUCAACUCCUUCCUCACAUCAUCCACGGGCGUCCCGUCCACGCCUUGGAUUUUUAACCAACAAAACAUCACACCCUUGAGUACCUCUCCCCUAUACACCACCAUCCUAGGCCAAGAAUUUCUGAUCAAAGCCUGCAUCGCCCUAGCCGAAGUCUCGAGCAAAGUCAACGUAGCAAUUCCCGUGGGAUCAGAAAGACUUUCUGAUAGCAUGGGUAAGAUGUAUUUGAUGUGUUUCACGGAAUCUAUACCGAGUUCAUCGAGAUAGAUGCCAAGUUGGUGGAAGAGGAUUUCGAGGAUGUGUGGAUGAGAGGGGCAAUGGGUAUAGCCGUAAAUGAUUCCUUUGCGAAUGAUGGUGU